AUGUCCAUCUCAACAGGUUGUCUCAGUAGCAGCUUCCUCUGCUCUGGGAGCUCAGGCACCCUCAUCGGCGAUCAUGACGUGCUGAAAGCAUGGAAGAAGGAGCUUGAACGCAAGAUCAACCUCUCAGACGAUACGGGGAGCGAUUUUCUGGCAAAGUACGUUCCUUCAAGCACUCCCUGCACUUGCGCGGAUGUCAGUGGGACCGAGUUUGGCGCGUUCAAGCCUGGUGAAGUCAGUGCCUAUCUUUCCUUCAUCAAAGGUCUCAACGCGCUCGUUGCUUCAUUCCCUGACCAGAAGAGGCUGUCGUUCUUCGACUGUCAUACCCAAUUUCAGCGGUUCCCCUACGCCGAUUUCGCCGCCAACCACCACAAGUCCUAUCCGGACAUCGCUGUCUCUUUUCCUGGACAGAUCCUGGACGCCAAGACCUUACCUGUGGACUGGUCACGGUUUUCCAUGAUCAUCGAAUUGAAAACUAAAAACGAGGAUCCGUUUCGCGGCAAAGGCCUCAAGCACUGCAAGACCCUUAUCCAGCUCGCUGUAGAUGCUCGAAACCUUCUGCAUGCUCAUAGCCUUCUUGCAGCCUUUAUCGUUGGUGUUUAUGGCGACACAGUGCGCAUUGCUCGCUUCGACCACGCCGGUGCUGUUUUCUCCCAACCCCUGUCGCUGCGUGAGGUCGACGACCUCCGCAUCAUCCAACGGUUUUUCUGGAAUUUCGCCCACCCCAACGACGGCGAAACCGUGGUGGGCUGCGACCCGACCGUUCGCAGGCUGACGCCUGAUGACGAGGAAUGGCUUAAGCAUCGGUUGGAGCUCGCCGGGGUGAGCAGUGAGGAAUUCUUGUCCUCCGAAGCCCGUCGGGCCGAGGUCUUCAAUGACGAUGUGUCAGGGAAUGCGGGUGUGUCCGCUGCAUACAUCCUCUUCAAGGCGCUCGACGUCAACGGCCGUCUGUUCUCUCGAGCGACCACCGUGUGGCUGGGAAUCCGUGACACCCGUAGCUUGGUCAACGGUCGCCUCGUUGACCUACUUGUGGACAGGAUUCCGGCGGAAGACCUGAAGGUGCGGAUUGUCAAAGACGCGUGGCGACCAGUUGUUCGACGUUCGGAGAAGGAUUCUAUGCCCGUCUGUCAAGCAUACCUCCGGCUGAGCGCGUGGGGGUUCCUAGUCUCCUCUUCGGUGGGGAUCUGGGAGAGCGUGAGCCACAUGCGCUUCGUGGUCGACAUUAUCGGUCGACCUCUGACUCGGUUCCGGAAUACUCGAGAGAUGGCAUCUGCCAUCCGAGACGGGAUCCGUGGGCAUCGUGUCGCUGUGACCCGCGCAGGCAUCCUCCAUCGGGAUGUGAGCGUCAACAACAUCCUCAUCGUUGACGAUCCUGCAGAACAAGGUUCUUUUACGGGUUUCAUCCAUGACUUUGAUUAUUCCUCUAUGAGUCGGGACUUUCCAACCAACUUUACAUCCGCGGCGGCAUUGUCCGAGCUCCUGACUGUGGAUGUCGAUGGCGGUGAGCCGAAGGAAAGAGUGGGAACUUUCCAUUUCAUGUCCAUCGAGCUGGUAGCCGGUUCUGUAAUCCCUUCAAGUCCACUUCACCACGAUCUGCAGUCGUUCUACUGGGUCCUUCUGUGGAUCGCCCUCAGGCACACAGAUCACACCCAUCCCAUGGGCGACAAAGCUUGCCCAUCCAUCUUCCAGCUCGGCGACGCAAAUUGUGUAAGUGCGAAACUCAUCUGGCUCCACUCGCCGAUACGCAAGAAUCUCAGCGUCCGCGAUAACGUGCCUUUGACUGUUCUCCUAAAGGAACUCGGCGAUCUAUGUCUCGGGACGAUAUUCCGGGACAACAACCCUCUGCAUUACGAAGAUGUCCUCGCGGUCUUCGACAAGGUUCUCGACUCUGAAGGAUACCGGUCCCUAUGGCCUGCGGAGGAUCCGGCCAGGGCCUACAAGCUUCCGGAUACUCGCCGCAAGAACAAGCUUUCCUCUUCAGGCACAGACAUGGAUGACGAAAGCACGGACUUCGAGCCCUAUGACGAGGAUCACAAGAUCCGCAUGUCCCUAGCUGGCCGCGACGGCAGUGGAAAGCUCGUUGGUGCCCCCAACCCCGUCAGCUUGAUCAAGAGCGAGCCUUCGUUCACCCUGUGCAGCCCCGAUAGAAACUACGAUAGAUGUAUGAUCGAGGCCGACGAGGUCGAGGCGAUUCUGGACUGCUCCGACUCUGAAAAUCACCCAGACGACGCCUCCGACCGUAGCCCCAUACGAGAGGCCAAGCGUCGGAAGACAGCUGUAUCGGGGACUCAAGCCAGCACUGCCAGCACGAAGGCUUCCACGACUUUGGUCGGCACGUCGGAAGCACUCUCCGGAAGCACCCUAACGAGGAGGGUCUCUAUGAGAGAGCCCAGCCCCCUCAGCGGGUCUACCGUCAACGUAGAGUCCUGGCGCGGCCCAGCGAGCAACACUCGAUUCGGGGGUGGUGGUGAAGAUGGCCCGUCUCAAGUGCAGCCUGGCAGGAAUGAGAGGAAUAUCCCCCAAGCAACGCGUGGGCAUGUCGCCCGCAUGCCAUGCGCGAUGGUCAGCGCGGCGAAGAAGAGAAGGCGAUGCGAACUGGAAUGA